UGCAUUCUCCAACUGAAAAAAAGUUGUAGCAAAUGAAUUCUCUACAAAAAUCCGGAGGGUCUUCGAACGAAGAAGAAGAUAUGUUACUAGCCAUGCAACUUUGCGGCAUAGAAUUCAUCGCUUACGGUGUAAAAACUGCAAGAGAAUUAGAUUUGCUCGAAAUUAUGGCUAAAGCCCGGCCCCUAGGGACCCAUCUCUCAACGUUGUAUUUGGCAUCAAAGGCUGCACCAAAUAAUCCAGACGCUCCGAUGAUGAUUGAUCGAUUGCUACGGCUCCUUGUUGCAUAUUCGGUGUGCACAUGUAAAUUAGUGAAAGACGAAAAAGGAAGAGAGUCAAGGACAUACGGACUAGGAAACGUUGGAAAGAAGUUCAUCAAAGAUGAACAUGGAAUUUCUAUUGCGCCCUAUGUGCUUUUCCAUUGUUCACAUACCAAAGGAGUUACAUGGUCUUACCUCACGGAGUCAAUACUAGAAGGCGGAGCAUCGGCGUGGGAGAAAGCUAAAGGGGCAUUGGUAUUUGAAUACAUGAAGGAAAAUGAAAGUCUCAAGGAAGAUUUCAACGAGUCUAUGAUGAGCCAUACGACAAUAGUAAUGAACAAAAUAUUAGAGAAUUACGAUGGGUUUGAGAGUUUGAGGGAUUCCACGUUGGUAGAUGUAGGAGGUGGCAUAGGCACUAAUCUUGGCCAAGCACUCUCCAAGUUCCCACAUCUGAAAGGUAUCAACUUUGAUUUGCCUCACAUCGUCUCGAAAGCUCCCCAAAUUCAUGGCGUGGAACAUAUUGGUGGUGAUAUGUUUGAUGAAAUUCCACGAGGCCAAGCCAUGUUGAUGAAGUGGAUACUUCAUGAUUGGAGCGAUGAAAAAUGUGUGGAGAUAUUAAGAAACUGCAAGAAAGCAAUACCAGAAACUGGAAGGGUAAUCGUAAUCGAGACGAUAGUCCCUAGGGAAGUAAACAACACUGAUAUAGCAACCAAGAAUGCACUACAUUCAGAUAUAGGGAUGAUGUGUUUAACGCGUGGGGGCAGAGAGAGAACCAAAGAGGAAUUUGAAGUAUUAGCUAUGAAAGGCGGAUUUAAACUCCCAAAUUUUAUUUAUGGUGCUUACUCUUUUUGGGUCCUUGAAUUAUAUCCAAAGUGA